AUCAGACCUUUGCACGAGAGGUCCAAGGGUUCACCCUCGUUGCAACAACUGCUUCAGCUUCACAACACAGGGGUAGAACCUGCAAGUAAUUCGCAAUUUUAUCCUGAUAUUUUGGGUGAUAAAACCUGCGAUCAAACAUAGUCAUACAAGUACAAUCGCUGCAUCUUCUGCACAGUUAUGAGUGGCGAGGCCUAUGAUGUGAUGGUCGUGGGUUCCUGCAUGACAGACCUUGUCAGUCAGACCCCAAGGUUGCCCAAAAUCGGAGAGACCAUCCAUGGCCACAGAUUCUUCAUUGGCUUCGGAGGGAAAGGAGCCAACCAGUGCGUACAGGCGGCCAGGCUGGGAGCCAAAACGGCAAUGGUCUGCAAGGUUGGCAAAGAUGUUUUUGGGGACAAUUACAUACAAAACUUUAAGAACAAUGGCAUAGCUACAGACUUCGUGGAGCAGACUAGCGAGGCGGCCACUGGAGCCGCCUCCAUCAUCGUCACUGAUACAGGUGAGAAUGCCAUUGUGAUCGUGCCGGGUGCCAACCUGUUGCUAGGCGACGGUGAGCUGGAGCGGGCGGAGGGGGCCCUGAGUCGUGCUAAGGUGCUCAUAUGCCAGCUGGAGAUCAGCGCCGACACCUCACUGAAGGCCCUCCGCGCGGCACACAAGCACCGCGUUAAGACCAUUUUCAAUCCCGCACCUGCCGCCUCUGACCUGUCCCCAGACUUCUAUAAAUACUCAGACAUCCUGUGCUGCAACGAGACUGAGGCAGAGAUUCUGACGGGUAAGGCGGUGAGCAAUAUAGAAGAUGCCGGAAGGGCCGGGGUCGAGCUGCUGGCUCGGGGUUGCGGCUCCGUCAUCGUCACGCUGGGAUCUCAAGGCUGCGUGGUGCUGUCGUCACAAGACUCCAGCCCCACACACAUUCCAACAACCAAGGUCACCGCUGUUGAUACGACGGGGGCCGGCGACAGCUUCAUCGGAGCGUUGGCGUUCUACCUGGCGUUUCAGCCGUCUCUGACUCUGGAGGAGAUGUGUCGCCAAGCCAACGUGGUCGCCAGCCUGUCAGUCCAGAAAGAGGGAACGCAGACCUCCUUUCCCAGCAAGAAGGACUUCCCUACGCCUGUAACCUACUGACCUCAUAACCACAUGGACCUGCCAGCAGCACAAUGCCUAUUGUAUAGCUUAGUCACCUUAUAACCUGGAGGACUUCCCUGCACAACUCCAAUAGCAUACACACACAUUACUGACCCACAAUCACAGUCAUUGUGUAGUACAAUUAACUGCUGGCAGUAAGAUGAAAUUUCCAUGGGGUUGUGUGCACAAUACGAUUACUCUUCCUAAAUGUGUAUUUCUGCUGUUGAUUAAUUGAUUGCCAAUGAACUAAUUGUCAUUUCUGAAAUGGUUUGAGAUGACUGGUAUUGGUUAAGGCUUGUGAUUUUCAAGCAGUUGUACAGUAAGCAUACAGUUCAUUGUUCAUUCAUUUUUCAUUGAGGGAAAUUAUUUGCACUCAACCUAGAGCUUUGUACGGCCCUGAAUGCAAAAAAUAGACUCUGAGCCAAUCAUAAGACUGAUUGACUAUCAAACAGACUACCGGUAGUAUUUUUAUUUUAAAGAACUUUUAUGUUAAAACUAAGCUUGAUGUAAUUUAAUAUGUUUUCUGGAAGAAUUUUAUUUACCGAUAUUAGCUAAUUGGAAAAAGAUGUAAUACACCUGUUGGAAAUGCACCAAAAGCCAAGUGAGGGGAGUCGUUUUGCAAAACGCAGCAAGUUCUGAAAUAUCUGCACUGUUCUUCAAGUUCUGCACUGAAAUAUCUGUUAACCCAUUUAUGCCUGAUGUUGCGUACGUAUACCAUGCAUUGGUAUACUAGGCGCCCGGAGCGACAUAGACGCUGCAUUCAGGCCCUUGAAAUGUCUUAUUUUUAUUAAAAAUGUUUGAGCUGAAUGAUCACAUUCUAAUGCAAGAUGAGGGUCCUAGGUUUUACAUGCAACUUUUUUCCAUGUUCAUUUCUGUGCUUCGGAUGCUGUGAUAUUUAGGUUUUUACAGGCUGAGGGCACCUUUUCCCCAAGAGGGCUUAGGAAUUCAGCAGGCGUUUUUUUGCAGGUGCCUUA